AUGGGUACCACAGUCACCUGGAUACUGUACGUCUUGGUUACUUUAGCCAUAUAUCGAGUUUUGGGAUACGAAGACCUUACGGGUCCACAUUCCGACCUCGCUGUGGCGCUCAUACUUGCUCCGAGGAUCUUCGGCAGCGCUACAGGAAUAAAGAUCUGUACAGCAAUAUCUGCACUUGGCAAAGUUCUUGCAGGCGCGUACACUGCUACCAAAGUGAAACAAUCUAUUGCUAUACAAGGAAUCUUGCCCUUUUCUGAUCUUCCAUCGAGUGAUAAUCUCACACCCAAAGGGGCUCUAGCUUUACACUGGAUUACAUCAGUGAUAUUCAUCGCAGCAGCGCCAACCAACUCGGAUGGAUACAGCUUUGCGGUCGGUUUUUAA